CCUGACACAUGAAUACAAUUUCUAUACUCUGCUUUGACAGACUGACCUCACUGCCUGCCUACUCUGCCUGCCUGGGAUAUGUGAACUAUGCCAAGCCUCCCUCACCUCUGAAUGCAUCCUCACACUGCUGCCCUGCCUUUCUCUCCCACAGCAUAUUUGAGACUCUUGUCACAAUUCUCAUGGACUUUUCCCUCUCUUCCCCCACGUUAAGAAUUCUUAAUUGUGCAGAGUCAGGAUGGAGAGUCACCAAGAUGCCUAAACACACACACACACAUUCAUUCAUGGUCAUAUAAUACAUUGAGUCCUUUCCAAAAGUGUUAAGAACUUAAACACUCUUAUAAAUUGAGAAUCACAUGCUCUGGACAUCUUUGAAAAGAAUCUUCUGGGACCUCAGCAUCUCAAAGGAGUCUCCUGAAUCCCACCGGGAGCUGCACUGAACUCUCAUCCAUCACCAUGAGCAACAGGUUCCUAGGCACCUGGAAACUCGUCUCCAGCGAGCACUUCGAUGACUACAUGAAGGCUCUGGGUGUGGGGUUAACCACUAGAAAACUUGGAAAUUUGGCCAAACCCAAGGUGAUCAUCAGCAAGAAAGGGGAUUACAUGACUAUCCGAACAGAAAGUACUUUUAAGAACACAGAGAUCUCCUUCAAACUGGGCAGGGAAUUUGAAGAAACCACAGCUGACAACAGGAAAACCAAGAGUGUUGUGACCUUGGAGAGAGGCUCACUAAAUCAAGUACAGAAAUGGGAUGGCAAAGAGACAACCAUCAAGAGGAAGGUGGUGGAUGGAAAAAUGGUAGUGGAAUGUAUGGUGAAGGGCGUGGUCUGCACCAGAAUCUAUGAGAAGGUCUGAGGAAAUCUCUUCAUUCAAGUUGGGUUUAGAUUAUUUAAAAUUGGAAAUCAACCAGCAAGACUUGGCUAUAUUACAGCUGGCUUAUUUAUUUUUGUUUUUGCUUAACAUUUCAGAUAGGCAAAGGCUUAUACUGAGUAUUAAUCUAAAUUUCAUUGUUAGCUAGACAUUUCCAUGGUAUACAUGUCUUUAUUAAGGUUUAUAUACUGAGACCAGACUUAAAUAGUCCAUAAACAUUAACUAUAUGUUAAAUUCUAACCUAUGUUGUGCUCUGAUUAAUUGAAAUAAUAAUAAUACAAAUAAGUCAUUGAAUAGUAAAGGAAAUAAAGGAUGUGGGCAGUGACCUCACAUGCCUCUGCGGACCAAGAUGGUUAUGAUUGAUGGGUGACAAGAGAGAUAAUGGAGGUGAAUAAGGUCAAAGUAUAUUAAAUACCAUGUAUAAAAAUGUCAUAAUGAAACCCAAUCAGAAAUCAGGCAGGGCAGAAGAAGGGGCUGUCUGAAAUGGAGGAGUUCUGAUUCCUGGGAACAGGGGCAUUCUCCACUCUACUGAAGUCAUGGUUUGGGGGGAGUUUUAAUUUCCUCUAAUGGGGAAAGUAUCCACUCUACUGAAGUUAUGGUUUUGGAGGAGUUCUGAUUCCUGAGAACUGGGGCAGUCUCGACUCUACUGAAGUCAUGGUUUUUGAGGAGUUAUGAUUUUCUCUAAUGGGGGCAUUCUCUACUCUACUGAAGUCAUGGUUUUGGAGGAGUUCUGAUUUUCUGUAAUGGGGGCAUUCUUCACUCUACAGAAGUCAUGGCUUUGGAGGAGUUCUGAUUCUCUCUAAUGGGGGCAGUCUCAACUCUGCUGUAGUCAUGGUUUUUUGAUUGAGGUAUCCAUAAUGAAAGACAUUAACUGAAGGGGUAGAGCUGAAUGUGUUAUGACAAGUACACGUACCUAUCCAGCUCACAUCUCAAUAGAGAUAAAAAUAUUUCCUUAAUCUCAUAUCUCUCCUCAAAUAAUAUCAUGAUUUGGGCAUGUUUAUUUUUGUCUAUAGAACCAGAACUUGGACAUUUGCUUUUCUUUGCCUUUUAAACUUAUCAUGUUUUGGGAUUCAUCCAGAGUGUUCCAUGUAAUAGUAACUUGUUCCUAUUUGUUGCUGGGUAUUAUUCCAUUGUAUGCCUAUGUCAGUUGAUCUACCCAUUCUUCUGUUGAGACCAUGUUUGUCUGCUAAGAAUAAA